AUGGAGAUCCUGACGUUAGGCAUGACGACCAUAACGGCCGCGCCGACGCUAUGCACGACGACCGUGGUGCCGGCUUCGGGUCUUCUUACCAUGGCCAACGCCCCGCCCUCCGUCACCCUCGCCCAAGCCGUCGUUUACGAGGUGCCGUGCCCCACGGCCAAACCCCUCAACGCCAUGGCCCUCGUCGCCUCCGAGGGCGCCGGCGACGCGAAGCCCAACAUGGGCGACUCAUCCGACACCCGCUUCUCCGACUUCCGCGAUCCCUUCUACGCCUCCACCUUUCCCAUAUGCUACGCCCUGGCCGCCACCACCGUCACCGCCUACAUGCUUCUCAUCAUGCUUUUCAUCACCCCGAGAUCCUUCCUCGACGGCGGCGUCGUCUACCUCGGCCGACGCCGCGGCUUUACACACAGCUCCUCAGGAGGCGAGAGCAUCGGCGGCCGCCCGUGGCUGCAAAAGGUGGCUGCCCUCACCGUGGCCGUCUCCCUGACCAUAGCCACCCACGACACCUUCAAGGUUGCCCAGCGCCAGUACCAAUGGGGUGCCCAGAACGCCGGCGUUUUACAGAGCGCCGUCAUGGGCAGCAUAGAGCUUAGGGUCAUCCGCUUAAUCUCGAAUACCUUCUUGUGGCUCGCCCAGGCCCAGACCUUGAUUCGGCUCUUCCCCCGCCACCGAGAAAAGGUCAUCAUCAAGUGGGCGGCAUUUGCCCUCAUAACCCUCGAUCUCAUCUUCAGCGCCAUCAACAGUUUCAAAGACCGUGAGAAGGGCUCGUACCCGAAUCCAAUGGGCGGCGGCAGCUUCGACCAUCCGAUCCCCGCACUCAGUUACCUUUUUCAGCUGUUGCUCGGCGUCCUCUACGCCGCAUGGGUGAUAUACUACUCGCUCAUGAAGAAGCGGUAUGCUUUUUACCACCCCCUAAUGAAGAACAUGCCCUUCCUUGCCGUCAUAUCCCUCACCGCCAUUCUCGUCCCCGUCGUCUUCUUCAUAAUGGACAUAUCCAAGCCCGAAUUUACCGGGUGGGGUGACUACGUGCGCUGGGUUGGCGCCGCCGCCGCCAGCGUCAUCGUGUGGGAAGAGGUGUUUGACGGGGACGAGACUCUCGAGGUCAACGCCUCCGAGUUCCCCUGGCUCCGCAGCCGGAAAACCCGCAAGGACGACGGAGGCCACGGCGGCGGCGGCGCCGACAGCGCUAUCACCGGCAGGCAGCGAGGGCAGGCCCGUGAUGCGCAUGAGACGCGUCAGCAGCAACAGCAGCAGGCGCCGCGGACCAUGGGCGAUAUCCUGCUCCCACCCUUGUGGCCCGCUCGGCCUGCGCCGGCAGCAACCCCCGUGAGCCGAACCGACACGCCCAGCGCGGCGAGCACAGUCUAUGCGGUCCGGUAUCAAGCCACAUCGGACGCGACGUCGAGGACACCCGACCCAUUGCCGCCUGAGCACAGUGUCGUGGAGCUUGGUCGGCAAACUGCCCCGCCGACCGCGACCCAGAACGGAAUCGCCGCACAGUCCUUGCCGAGAAGGUCAACGGAUCUGGAAGCGAGCGCGUCGCCGGAGGUAGUGCGCCCGAGCCAGUGGCGCACGUUGACUCUAAGUACAAGUCCUCACCCUCGCGGGGAAAUCGACGAGCCGCUGGCAGAGGUGCGCAAGCAGGCGACGAGGGACAUUGCCGAGCCGACGACGAGCCGGGAUGCGGCCGGACGAUGGGAUGUCCGAUCGAGAUUUGAGCUAUUCGCCGCGAACCAGGCAGAAAAGCUUCGCGAGAAACUACGGCCGACGACAGACACGGACAGCCUCCCGGUCACAGUCAUUCCCGCCCCUCCGCGGCGGGGCGCGGCGCUGCAGCAAGUGCUAGAGGAAGGGGAGGAAGCGUCGGAGGAGAUGGCGCGUCUCGGGAGACUGGAGAGCUCGACGUCGGCGGCUUCUGGUGGAAACGAAGCGCUGCUGCCGGCAGCGACGAACCCCCCGCUCUGGCCAGGAGUGCGGCGACGUGUGCUGACGUUUGAAGGCGACGACUCAUCGCUGUACGACGGUUCGACGGCCGAGACUGCUUCGGUAGAGUCGGAGAGGCGAGAGUCGGAGGAUGAGCCUAGGGGACCGUCGCGAGGCCCUGCGGCGAUCCCACGUCAAGAAUGA